AGGAGAUAAUCAUUACCAAUUCGUCUCAUUCUACGUUUGAGCUUGAAAGAACAAAAAGAGCAGAUGAAAGUCAAGAAAAUAAUGUGCAUACGGGUUAUCUUACUAAUAAGAUUUCUGAAUUGGA